CGACACAGCAGUCGGAAUCCUUUAGCUCUGGCACAACUUCCCGUCUUGUGUCAGGUCAAAAUGUUGUGCUUGAGGGGGCUCCGGAGACUAAAACCUGCUUUGUAUCUUAGUGGAAACACAGGUUACAGGAGUGUCACGACAGGUGUAAUUCAGCAUAAAGAUGACAUGCUCGUGAACAUGGAAAAUCCGUACAAAGAGCCCCAGAAAGGCUGCGUCCUCUGCAACAUUACAGUGGACUACAAAAACAUCCAGCUACUGUCUCAGUUCGUCUCUCCACACACUGGCAGGAUUUAUGGCCGACACAUCACAGGUUUAUGUGGGAGGAAACAGAAAGAAGUCUCUAAAGCCAUAAAGAAGGCCCACUCAAUGGGUUUCAUGUCUGUGACCCACAAGCAUCCACAGUUCAUGAAAGAUCCCAACAUCUGUGGCAUCAAAAAGCGGGAUUAGAGGAUCAGUGUGUGUUCAUUUUGUGUAUUAAAGUGCAUCAGUUUUCAA